AUGUCGGUGUGGCUUCCCCUGCAAAUCCCCAACCCCGUUUUCCUCGCAGAGCCUCAUCUACUAUCCGACCUGCCUCCUCUGCUCGCCCCGCUCAUCCCAGGACUACACCUACAUCCCAGCCUGCCGCCCCUGUUCGUCCCCGGGCCCCGCCUACAGCCCGACCCUUCACCCCGACGCCUCUUCAAUCAAUUAAUCCUUCCCACCAACCUCCAGCCCUGGUCACGGCCGCAGUCGAAGAUCAGCCAACGUACCUUACGCAAGCCCUGCCUUCAGAGAAGCUUCUCAGGCGGCUUGUCGGGCACGUUCUGGUUCAGCUACCUUCCGAAGAUUCUGACUCGGAGACUUCACCGCAGGGCCCCCAAUCCUAGCCAAGACUCAGGUCCCUCCGCUGUUCCUCCUCCGUCACCUCCUGUUGCCACCACCACGCCUCCCAUUGCAACCACUACGCCUAUCCCGAGCCAGGCAGAUGCUACUCCUGCUCCACCUGAGGUUCCGACCGAGUCCCCGCUAGCUAAACCUUCCACCUCGCAACAGCAUCAGAGCACCGAAGCUGGCCCAUCACAUCGCCCUUCAUCAACUACCUCACCUCCAGAGCUUUCUCAUAUGCCCCUUUCAGCUCCUUCUGGGUCAGCUGCUGGGCCUUCACAGCCACCACCACCCGUUCAUCACUAUUAUCGUACCACUGCUCCUUCUGAGGCUUAG